UGUAUAUAAAGGAAGAGCGGAGUGACCACCAACCACCUGAAGAUUCUUAGCCUAUCUAAAGUCAUAUCUUUAUCCUAAACUAACGUGGACACGAUGAGGGCACUCAACAUCCUGCUGGUUUCCCUUAUCUGCCUCUCGGUCGUCUCGUAUAUUUGCACAGUCAUAUUCAAUGCGAUAUCUGCAGUGUCACUAAAUGGCUUAUUCAAAACAACGGCUAGCAAUGUUUCUGCCAAAUAUCCUCUGGAUGUCACUCCUGCAGGCUGGACAUUUUCUAUCUGGUCUGUAAUUUAUAUUUGGAAUGGACUAUGGAUUGUAUAUGUCUUCUCCACGCUGUUCAGAAGGAAUAAAAUGGGUCGUGUUUAUGCUAAACCAACCAUUCAUCCUCCUGAAUUUUUUGCCUUAUGGAUACUUAACAAUCUCAUAAAUAUUGGCUGGCUCUUUCUGUGGGAUAGAGAGCUUCUCAUAUUUAGCAAUAUCUUUCUGGCUUUAAUCCCGAUCACUUGCUUCUUGAUGCUUCACAUAUCCUACAGGAGAUGUUAUCGGUAUAGGGCCUGGAUGUUAGAGCACCAACGUUUUGAUCUGUGGUGUAUAAGAAUUUUGGUACAUAAUGGAUUGGCAACCUAUGCAACAUGGACAUCCAUUGCAACGAUUAUCAAUUUCGGAUUGGUACUCAAGUAUAACGUUCACGUACCGGAUCCUGAUGUCAGCACCAUUGUUCUUUCCCUUCUUUUCUUUGCUGUCUUAUUCUGGUUCUUGAUGGAAACAUUUAUUUUUGAAAAAUAUGUGCGCUAUACAUUUACAAUUUACCCAGUAGCAAUUAUUGCUUCAGUUGGAGUCUUUGUUGGGGGAGAAGAGUCUUCGAAAUUGACAGAUAAUGAUGUAAUAAAUGUUGUGAUCAUUGCAGCCGGCUCUGUUUUUUGCCUCUUGCGGUUUGCUUUGCUCUUCUCUUGUGAUAAGUUGAGACCCUUGAUCUCAGAAAACAAGGUUGACCUCUCCAAAGAAUUCCAUGUAAAUACAUCACAAACCAAUGGUCAUGUCAAUCCCAUGGAUAUGGAAAGAGAUGAGCUAUGAGAAUCCAUAACACAUAGACCUUUGAGAAGAGAAAGAGGGAUGCAUGAAGUACCAGUACCCAUGACAAGCAGCAAUCUGAUUGCCUACUUUACACGGCUGUACAGUACAUUGCAUUGAUGUAUUAAAAUUAACCUUUGCUCAGAUCAUAUACAUUAAAGUAUUUGCAUUAAAAGCACAUUAAAACAAGUCUUCCUUCACCUCAGUAGCUUUAGGCAUUGUGCAGAAAUUCAUGUUUACACCAAAGGCACUUCAAUCACAACCCCUCCCCCCUUCAGUUAUUAUGGAAGCAGAAUGGAAGGAAUAACAGACUAAUUCCUGUGAUCUUUGAGGAUCUUUGAGAAUGAAUUUCUUCAGUACAUGCAGCUAGAGAGGUCAAGGAUGAGUUGCUUUAAAGCCCUUUUAAUGCAUGUUAAAUUGAUGUAAAACCAAUAAUGUCCAUAGUCUGGGCCCAGGUUUCUCUUAAAUAAGCCCAAAGGGCUUUGUACAUAGCACUAUUUGUUUUCAAUAUUCUUAUUAAUUACAAUACCCAGACAUUUGUCAGUACUUAUCAUGAAUAAAUCUAUUAUAAUAAAUGAGCUUUACUGAUGCCAUUGUUAUUAUAUACAGUAUGUAUGCUUAUGUUCAGAUCUACUUAUGUUUUGAUAGUAUUGAAAUCAAUGUUAUUAGAGGUGUAACAUAUUUAUUUUAUUUAAAGAAAAAAUAAAGCCUUCACUUCUUUCUGAGA